AUGUCACGAUCUAUUGUAUUUGGGAUACAUGUUGGAAACUCUACCGCAUCAAUAGCCAUAUCCAAAGAAGAAGGUAAGGUAGAUGUUCUCGCAAAUGAAGCUGGAGACAGAAUAACACCUGCAGUUGUAUCUAUAACCGAUGAAGAAACUGUUGUUGGAAAUGCUGCUAAAACUGGUUUUAUAUCAAAACAGGCGAAUACAAUAACUUUUAAUAAUCGUUUAAUGAACCUUUCAUUGGAUGAAACUGAAAAAUGUUCAUUUAUAGAAACUAAUAAGGUCAAAACAAUUGAGGACGGAGGUCAUCUUGCAUAUGAACUACCCUUGGAAACUAAGAAAAAAAUUUAUUCUCCUCAGUUUAUUGAAUCAAAUAUUUAUAAAACAUUAUACGGUAUUGCUAAAAGAGCCACUCACAGUGAAGAUACAAAAUGUUCUUGUGUUGUUACUGUACCAGAAUUUUUUGAUGAUCCCAGCAGAGAAUCUGUUAGAAACGCAGCUAUUCAAGCUGGAUGGAAUGUGCUUCAAGUUGUUAAUGCUCCUAGUGUAACCCCUUUCACCUAUGGAAUAAAUGUUACUGAACCUUUAAAUGACACGUAUAUUUUAGUAUAUAGACUUGGUGGUAUUAGUUGUGAUGCAACAGUUUUAUAUGUGAAUUCUGGUUUAGUGUCAAUAGUAGCAUCUGAACAUACUAAGGCUAUUGGAGGAUAUAAAUUAAUAGAGACACUGAAAGCUCAUUUAAUUGAAGAAGUCAAAAGGAAACAUCGAUCAAAUCCUUCAGAAAAUGCAAGAGCUUCUGCAAAAUUACAAAGAGCUACUGAAGAUGCAGUUCAUUUACUGUCUACAUUAAAAACGGCAAAUAUAUUUAUUGAAUCAUUGACUGAUGGAGUAGAUUUUGCUGCCAUGGUUUCGCAAGCCAGAUUUGAAUCAUUAAUUGCUCAUUUGUUGUCUGAUUUUGCUUUGCCAAUUGAAGUUGUUUUAAAGAAAGCAAAUCUUAAAAGUUCGGAUAUUAAAAAAGUUUUACUUUGUGGUGGUCCACUUAAAAUACCAAAGUUGAAACAUUAUAUUGGAAACUUAUUUCCACAUGCGGAUAUACCAAAUAGUAUUAGUCCUGACGAAGUAUUGGCUUACGGGGCGGCUGUGCAAGCUAGUUUCUUAGCAAAAUAUUGGAACGCAAAUGAUGAUUUACCAGAACCUACCACAGAAGUUCACACAUUAAAUGAAUCAAUUACAAUUGAUUGUUGUGGUGAGACUGUAAGUUUUGAUCAGAAUGAAAUAUUACCUACUACAAAAAGUAUAACAACUAGUGCUAAUGUUGACAAUAUUACUUUAAUAGCCACAUCAGGAAACAACAAGAUUGAUAAAUCUGAAGCACACAUAAAUCUAAAAACGGAAGGAGAAAUUACUUUUACAUUAACUGCCAGUGUAGAUCAAUUACAUGUUGAAGCAAAAGAUAUAGAUACCGAACUGAAAUCAACUGCUAUAUUUGUAGCCGUAUAA